ACACACACACACACACACACACACACACACACUCCUCAGUAAGAGAAGAAGAAAGCGGCCCGGAAUCCACCAAUCACACACUGUGUUAUCGGUUGCGUCAUGUGAUGGCGGAAGUGAUGGCGGAAGUGAUGGCGGUACCCGGUGCCAGGGGGAACCUGGAGAAGGUCCAGCACGUGGUGUUGGUGUUGUCAGGUAAAGGUGGAGUGGGGAAGAGCACCAUCACCACCGAGUUAGCCCUUGCUCUCUUACACUCGGGGAAGAAGGUGGGAGUGCUGGACGUGGACCUGUGUGGUCCGAGUAUCCCCCGCAUGCUGGGUGUGAGUAAACACGAGGUCCAUCAGUGUGACGCAGGCUGGGUUCCUGUGUGUGUGGAGCGUCUGUCCCUCAUGUCCAUCGCCUUCCUGCUGGACGACCCUGACGACGCCAUCAUCUGGAGAGGACCCAAAAAGACUGCUCUGAUUGGUCAGUUUGUGAGUGAUGUGGCGUGGGGAGAGCUGGACGUGUUGUUAGUGGACACGCCUCCCGGUACCUCUGAUGAACAUCUGGCUGUUCUGGAGAACCUGAAAAAGCACAGAGUGGAUGGAGCUCUACUGGUCACCACACCACAGGCUGUAUCUACAGGAGAUGUGAGGCGUGAGAUCACCUUCUGUAAGAAGACCGGGGUGAAGAUUCUGGGUAUCGUCGAGAACAUGAGCGGCUUUGUGUGUCCUCACUGCACUGAGUGCACCAGUAUCUUCUCUAAAGGAGGAGGAGAGGAACUCGCCAAGCUCACAGGAUCAACCUUCUUGGGCUCGGUGCCGUUGGACCCUCUCCUGAGUGCGAGUGUGGAGAAAGGUGGGGAUUUCCUGAAGGCAUUCCCUGAGAGUGCCAUCUACAGCUCCAUCAGACACAUUGCAGAUACACUACUGAGGAACCUGGAGCCCUGACCUUCAUCAUCAUUAACAGGACAAUGUACAGGAGCAGGAGUGUGGGAACACGGACUCUAACACACAGUUUCCACCAUAUCAACACGUCACAUGGUUUUGAAGGUGUGUGUGUGUGUGAUUUAUAAUAAAGCAGUAGAUUUUCUCCUCCA